AUGAACUACAUAUCUUACAAAGCAGAAAAUGAAGAUGAUACAAACGGAGUGGACUCAGAUGCCACCGUUCAGGAGCAGCCCAAGUUCGAGCCGGUUGACUAUGAUGGGCCUGAACCAUUCCGUCCACGCGUCAGCAGUAUCGUCCGUAACUCCGGCAGUAUGAGCAGUAUAAGUACUCUAAGGGGAAGCACAAGGAAGGAUAUUGAAGGCCAUGGAAGGCCAAAAGUGAAAGUGAAACGCUUGAUAUCUCUGCCCGAUGGUGUUGUUCCUAUCGGUAGUGCGGCAGGACUUCUCAUCACCAGUCAGACCUCUGUGGAGGAGCCUGUCUUCCACGAGCGCUCGUACAGCCUCUCUGCCGCCUUCAGACCUGCACGCUCCACCAGGAAGAGACACAAGAGCGCGGGAGACCCCUCCAAGAUGAAGCGUGCAGCUGGAGGCAGUGGCGGCAGCGGAGUGGAACGGCCGCGGUACCCGAGCGGGGACAGCAAUGUCACCCUCACGGAGGUGCUGUCCCGACAGGGGAGUCAUGACAGCGAGAUGGACGGAGAGUUGAAGAUUGACCUAUUCAAAGGUGACGCCAAACUGCUGUCUGGGUUGAGUCGAGACGACAGUGUCAACCAGGCUCGACAGAGGAUCAAAGGUGCCUCACGUCCGGCCAGCGUGGGAUGGUUCUCGGACGGGAGCCGCUCCCGCUCCAGUAGUGAUGCCUCUGUCAUGAAACACAGAAAGGCUGCAGGGGCAGCCACCAGGUUGAAAAGGAGCUCUGGAGACAGUGUGAUGUCAAGGAAGCAGUCAGAGGAGGAUGAAAAGAAGAAGAAAGAGUUGGUCAGGAAAGACUCAUGGGAAAAUCAGUGGGACCCAUUUUUAAAUGAAGACCUGGAUAAAGAAGAGACUGAUGAAACAAAAGAUGACGCAAAAGACGAAUCUGAAGCCAAGUGCAAUAGCAUUGGAAGGCCUAGGAUAAGACGGCCCAGCCUCACCGAGGCCUCCUUCCAUCCUUUACUGCCAUUGGAUGAUGAUAUGGACUCCAAACAGGAGAAAAUAGCAAAGUCAGUGCCAAGCGAACCGAAAGGUAAGACUGACAGGUCCCUAAGUCUGGCAUUAGAGUCGGACAUGCCAAAACUGUUUCAGAACUUUGACAGCACAGGUACUUCGCCCACAUCUGCUAACACUAGUCCUCCUCGAGAAGUUGUCCGACACAUGCACAAGUCUCCCAGCUGUCACGCUAAGCUCAGCUCGGCUGGCUCUGCCCGCAGUCCGUUGAGUAGUAAGUUGUCGGAGAGCCCAGAUGAAUCAGGACUAGUUGUAGCAGUGGCUGCCUCCCUCCCCUCAAGAGCACCUUCUCACAAUAGACAAGGUUCUGGCUCCAGCUUCAGCUUCCUGAAAUCUGCUGCUGCCAGCAUGUUCAGUCCUGGAAGGGGCACCUCUCCUACAUCUUCCCCCAGCAUGCCUCGCUCCAUGAGCGAGGUGACCGGCUUGAAGGACAGGGCCUCCCCCUCCCUCACGCCAGUCCACAGCCGCCAGGGGUCGGGCUCCAGUUCCAAACUGGACGUGUUCAAAGCGGCGGCCAGUGCCAUGGCCAGUAAAUUCAUGGGCAGCUCGCUGACGAGCAGGUCGGACAACAUGCUGAGGGCCCCAGAACUGGACAGCCUGGUGACCUUCGACGGGGAUGACUCGGAAGGAGAGAGAACUCCCAAGAGGAGCUCCAGGAACCUGGACUACUUGAGCAGGAGUGAGACACAUCUGGUCGGAACACCUCCUGAUAUGAUGUCAGGGAGCCUUCCCAUGCCAGGCAUGCUGAACCGAAGGGACUCCCUUGACAGCCACGGGUCCUCCAGAUAUGCCAGCACCCAGAGUAUAUUCCAUAACUACGCCAUGGAGGUGCGCAUGAGCAGCUGUAUGAGGUGCUACAGCUGUAACACCCUGCUGUACGAUGAGGAGAUCAUGGCAGGAUGGACACCUGAUGAUUCCAACCUUAACACAGAGUGCCAGCAUUGCAAGUCUCUCCUUGUCCCAUUCCUUAAUGUAGUGGUAACAGACUUGAGAGGAGGAAGCCGGCAAUUCCUAACUCCCAGCCAGUCCAUAGAGAGCUUCCACAGUAUCCAAUCAGCCCCUCCGAUCCACCCCAUGGCGACGGUGAGUCAGACCAGCCUGACCAGGACGGGGUCGGACCUGAGUGCAGACAGCCUGGUGCAGGUGGGGGAGGGGGAGGUAGAUGGAACUGCCAUGAGCCACAGCUACAGUCCUGCAAGGCCUCACAUCAAACUGAAACACUCCCUGUCUGUGGACCAUCCUCACAGCGACUCUGCGCCCCAGCCCAUCCACAUCCCGGUGGACCGGCGGCGCUGCACCAGCGAGUGUGUUCCCGCACGCAGGGAGUCGCUCGGCUCGUCCCUGAAGACUGGCCCGCUCCUCAGUGUGGAGGAGGAACAGGACAAGAGUCUUCCUUCCAGCUUCAAGGACCAACAGGAACACAAGGACAGUACCGUACAGGAAACCAAGCCAGACACUUCCACCUCACAGCAUACGAAGCUGAUCGUAAGGGGAGGUGUUGCUGCCAACCCGCGGGUUGCUGAGAUUCGUAAGGAGUGCCUCGGUUCCUUCAAGUACCGUCCACAACAACUCCUUCCUGAAGCGGUGAGCUACCUGGGCAUGGCGGCAGCUGGAGAUGCAGACUCUGAAGCUAAGGCAAGACCAAUAUGGUUGGGAAGGACUAAAGUCAUUCCACUGGAGCACAAACUCAACAGGCCCAAGUCUAAAAGUGUUGAAGCCUUGCUUGAGGACUCUUCUCCAAAGACCACCAUCACAAGAAGUGCAAGCCUAGAAGGGAUAAGGUCUUCUGUGGAAAAUUCGGGCUGCUCUGGCGAUGGCGGAGAGACGACAGUGCUGAACAGCCGGCUCUGUAGGAGUGUAGGGAGUGGGCUGGAUGAGACGGGUUCUGAGUCGCCACCAUCAUCUUCUACGCCACAGCGUGUCGUCACCGGGCUGGAUGAGACUACAGGACAGGUGGAUAGCAUGGACACGGAGUUCCUGGCUGUUGCUGCGCAGCGGCCGCAGCCUGACCCCAUCACGGUGCCGUACCUGAGCCCGCUGGUGCUGCGGAAGGAGGUGGAGAACGUGCUGGAGAGUGAGGGGGACAGCUCCCUCACCAGGCCUGACUUCGUGGACCAGCACCCCAUCAUCUACUGGAACCUGGUGUGGUACUUCCGCCGGCUGGACGUGCCCAGUAACCUGAUCGGACUGGUGCUGUCAGCGGAAAUCACCACCAAGGCUGCAGAGAUCCCCAAGCAGUGGCUGUCAGCAGACAGUAAGCAUGUGUGUGUGAAGGUUCUCUGGGACAACAUCAACCUGCAUGAGGAGCCAGGACAGCCUCUGUACCUCAUGUGGAAUGCACAUGCUCAAAAGUCAUCCUUGGCACAUGCCCUCAUCACAGAGGAGAAGCUGUCAUCUAAGCGGUUCAUGCAGUCGAUUGUGACGAGUAUUCAGAGUAACGACCUGCUGACCCCCAUGAAGUACAUGCUACAGGAGUACCACAAGCACAAGGCUACACAGGGCAGACACAGGAGUAUCUACAGAGAGAUACUAUAUCUGUCCUUAGUAUCUCUAGGAAGGGACAACAUUGACCAUGAUGCGUUUGACCGUGAGUACAAGCUAGCAUUCAGCCGUCUAUCUGAGGACCUACAGGCCAUGACCCAAGAGGAUGACAAACCGCCCAGUGCCCGGACUCUGUGGUGUCGGCGCAUCUUCAGUUCUCUCUACCUGUAGCCUAAACUCUGCUUCCUGAUAAUUUGUGUAUAAUCUUAAGUCCUUUUUAUUUGCUGCUGGUUUUCAAAGUUUACUGCCUAAGAUUUAUCACAAUACUUCACUAGUAUGCUUCUGCAAAUUGUUCUUUAAGAUAGAUAAACGUGUAAAUAGCUGUGAAAAAUGAUAACGACAUCUAUUUGUCUUUGCAUCCCAUGUUAUGAAUACCUGGUCUUGCAAGCGAUUAAGAUUUUUGCUAUAGAUGGCUCUACAUGUAUAUGAUGUUAUUGAUAUGAGCCAUGUUUUUUCUGCAUUUGUACAAGCAAUCUGUGGGGAUGGUUAAUGGAGUUUUGGACGCUCAGCACUGUGCAAGUAGAUUUGUGGAACUCUUCCAAAAAGUAGAAACAAAUGUAAGUUUGCAAAGUAUUUAAAAGUCUAACAAAUUAGAAGAGAAAGGGACAGGUUUGUGGCCCUGUAAGGUUUAUUGCAUGUGUUUAGUUGGUUCAUAUAUUACACUUCAAGCUAAGAAAAUGUAGGAACUUCUCAUUGCCCACACAGUGUGAAUUUUGUGGGGUUUCAGCUUCUCGUUUCAUUGAAUCUGAGGUUGGAAAUUUGGCACUAUGAACAAAAAGCCUUUUUAUUCGUGUGAUAGGGAGAAACAUACAUCUACAUCAUGUCUGCAAUUAUUCAAGGCUAUCAAAACUCCAGCUAGGUAUCACAUAGACACACAGGAGAUGCAAUGCAGAAAACAUUUACAUGUAGUUCACAUGGCUAUGCUAGCAGACAGGAGAUCAAGAGGUCAUGGGGGUUCAAUUCCUGGAUGCAGUGGACCAGACCUUGUGUCCUUGGAAAAGGCACGUCAAACUGCUUUCCUCACCCCACCUGACUUGGGGAGGUAGGGGAAUCAAUGGGCUCUGUCUUCCAGCACCAUACCCAAGAAGACAGCCUCGUAAAGGUUAGGUGGCUAUUGAACUACCUUUUUUAAUACCUUGGUCUGCAUACUACAAGAAGGAUUAUAUGGAAAGAUAUUGCUUAGUUUGACAAACGCUUUUAAGAAUUCAGAGGUGAAGGAAAAUUGUAUACUAAAGCCUUUUAUACAUGAUAGUUUCCUUGCAAUUGGUGAUUGUUACAAGCCAGGAUAUAAAGCCAUAACCAAAGUCAUCAUGGUCAAAUCAAAAUCCAGGAUGUUUACAAAGCAAAAAGUUUGUGGACAGUUUGUGUUUGUAGGACUGCCUUAUUCCAUACAAGUUGAUGUUUGUCAUUGCUUUUCUUCCUACAACCCGAAAGUUGUACCUUCGUGACAUGAAAAUCUGUUUUUGCUAUUAUUCGCUUUUAUUCUUAAACAGUCAGUGGCCUGACGAGGAAACAAAUAAAGGGGAUAUAAGAAAAAUCAGCUUAUCUUGAGAUGGUGUACAUACACUGUAAAGAGGAUCUAGGAAGUCACCGUGAAUGUAUUUACCAUGUGCUCAUGAGGUGUAAUUGGUAGGAAUAGAUUUUUAUUGCUUUAGAUUAUUAAAAUACAUGCAAAUGAGACAUCUGAUUUUGCAAUUUCUGAAGGCUGGAGCUUUCUUUGAUGAUCCUGUGUACAACAUAAUUGCCUUUCUCUAACUGAAAGGAAAUCUAAGGAGCAAUGAAAAAUGCUUGUCUGACUGCCCUUACACUGCAACAGCACCGCUCUGUUUGAAAUAUAUGAUAGAAGAUUUGAACCAUAUCUGUCAGUGUUAAGGAUUGCAGAUGUUACGUAUAAGCUAUCUCACUGCAUUGCUGAGUACAAAUAUUUGUGAUUUUCCCUGCAAAGACAGAUUUACAAAUGUUCUUUCUGUUGUCAACAUUUGCAUAUUGUAGCAGUUGCUCAAGCAAUGGUCAUAAUUUGCAUGUUAAAACAAUGCUGCAUAAAUUUUGAAUUCCUUUACAGUUGAUCAAAUUUCAGUGAUACAUGUAAUAAGAUGUGGUUUUCCUUUUUUGUUUGGUCACAGUUACGUAGAUUCCAGUUUAUAUUUACCAAUGCAGUAUUGGUAUAUAAUAUUUAUUUCAUGCAAAUCAUUGCUAACAACAUUAGCAUGGACAUGUCCAAACUUGUGUUUAUUAUGUAGAAGAUAAAGAUCACAAUUGUACAGAUGGUCAUUUGAGUAAAAUUGGCUAAAAUAUUGCAA